CAACUCGAACUGGUGCACAUCUGUGCGAAAAUCUACGUUGAAACCAGUCAUUCAAUCAGUCAAUGUGUUGUUGAAUCCAUGUGUUUCACCCGGAACUCAAAGAAAUAAUAAUUUGUUUUGUCCACCCUUUCUCUUUUCCAGUCUAUUCUAUUGGAACGUAUACUAACAUAUACUGGUUGAAUUACAGAAUUAAUGAUGUAUAAUAAGAGAAUUUCGAUAUCUGUAUUUCAUCAGUGUUUCAGACAGUCUUAUUACAGUGGGAAAUUUUCUCCCUAAAAUUUUUUUCAAGUUGACUUCUUUAGUGUUCUAAAUGGAUGAAAAUUUUCAUUAAUUGUCUUAUUUUUUAAACAAAAUGAUGAAGUUUGUGGAACUUAAAACUUGGAUUUCAUAUUCCUAUUAGUGUUUCACGAAUGUGUUGUUUCUACUUGCUAAUAGUGAUCUGUGCUUUUACUACAGAUAAAUUUACUCCCGGAAUAAUUGAUGAUACAAUGUCUAGAGUCCAGUUAUUUCGCAAUUUACUCCGUGAACUUCGUCGAUCUGUUAAGGAAAGAAAUGCACCUUUUUCAUAUACACCAGUGAUGCAAUUCAUUAUUUCGGAAUUCAGAAAUAACCAGUUAACAGAUGCUCAAAAAUGUGCUAGGGAAAAUGAAGCUGUUCAUUUAGCUGAAACAUACUUGAAUUAUUUGGAGAAUAGACGAAAACACUCGGAACUUGUAGAAUUAUAUAAAACGAAAGAAAAGACAACAGAAGAAGCCGCCAACUUGGUUGGAUUAGCCUUACCUAAGAAACCAGUCUGCGAACAAUAAGAAGAUAUAUAUAUAUACAUUUAUAUA